AUUUAUCUCCUUUUUUCUUUCUCUAAAAACAUGUCUCUCUCUCUAACAUUUUGUUUCUUUUCCUCUCUGUGUCUCUACAUUAAUCUCCACCGUCCGAUUACCUGGCUAACUUUCCGUCGAUCGGUUUGCAAAUGAGCCGUUAUCUUGAUUCUCGUAAGGUUAGAUUCUUUUGCUGUUCGGUUCGCAAAUUAGCAAAGUUCAGUUCCAAUUCUUAUGUUAUUAGAUCCAUUUAAUUUGUUAUGGCUUGAUUGAUCCGCUUUUUACGGUGGUUAUUAUAUUCCCAUGCAUGCCGAUCCAUUGUAACUCCACCGAUCACCAUCUCCAUCACCGCACGAAUCACCGUCCGAUUCGAUUCUAGUUAUUCUUUAGCUGAAGAAGAAAGUGCUGAUAAUUUAUAUUAGGGUUAGGGUUUGUUUAUUAUUUUUUGCAGUUAGAAAUGUUGAAGAAAAUUAUGAAAGGAGGGCAUAAAAAGCCCUCGAAGUCUGAAGGUAAUGAUUUCGGGUUUGGUCCACCCGGUAAUCGAAAUACCGGGUCGGGUCCCACAUCAAAUGUGGUGGUCAAUCAUGCUUCCCGGACUGCUGCUGUUCCGGUAAGUUCUAAUACGGGAACGGCAGUUGUGGCUCCUCCACCAAUGCAAUCGGUGGAGCCGCUUCCUUUGUUCAGGGAUGUUCCGGUUUCGGAAAGGCAAAACUUGUUCUUGAGGAAGCUUCAGGUUUGUUGCUUUCAAUUAGAUUUUAGUGAUACGCUCAAAUCGGUUCGUGAAAAGGAAAUUAAAAGACAAACGCUGUUGGAAUUGGUGGAUUUUAUUCAAUCCGGCUCUGGAAAGAUCACGGAAGCUUGUCAGGAGGAAAUGAUUAGAAUGGUUUCCGUGAAUAUUUUCCGGUGCUUGCCUCCAGCUUCUCAUGAGAAUACUGGACAAGAAGCUACAGAUCCUGAAGAGGAAGAGCCUUAUUUGGAACCUUCUUGGCCUCAUUUGCAGCUUGUUUAUGAAUUACUUUUAAGAUACGUUGUUUCUUCAGAUACGGACACAAAGGUUGCAAAGAGGUAUAUUGAUCAUUCUUUUGUGUUGAAACUGCUAGAUUUGUUUGAUUCUGAAGACCCUAGAGAGAGGGAGUAUUUGAAGACUAUUCUUCAUAGGAUUUAUGGGAAGUUCAUGGUGCACCGCCCAUUUAUUAGGAAGGCAAUUAAUAAUAUAUUUUAUCGGUUUAUAUAUGAGACUGAGAGGCACAGUGGAAUAGGGGAAUUAUUGGAGAUUCUAGGAAGUAUAAUAAAUGGUUUUGCGCUGCCAAUGAAGGAGGAGCAUAAGCUGUUUCUUGUAAGGGCACUUAUACCACUGCAUAAACCGAAACCAAUUACUGUGUAUCAUCAGCAGCUAUCUUAUUGUAUUGUCCAAUUUGUUGAAAAGGAUUACAAGCUCGCAGAUACAGUUAUUCGUGGUUUGCUGAAGUAUUGGCCUUUGACCAAUUGUCAGAAAGAAGUUCUCUUUCUUGGAGAACUUGAAGAAGUGCUGGAGGCAACACAGUCUGCAGAGUUUCAGCGCUGCAUGGUGCCUCUUUUUAGACAGAUUGCUCGCUGCCUCACUAGCUCCCAUUUUCAGGUUGCAGAACGCGCCCUGUUUUUAUGGAACAAUGAGCACAUUGUGAGCUUGAUUGCGCAGAAUCGAAGCGUGAUAUUACCGAUUAUUUUUGAGGCAUUGGAGAAGAACAUCCAAACUCAUUGGAACCAGGCAGUUCAUGGACUGACUGUGAACGUUCGCAAAAUGUUCUUGGAAAUGGAUAUGGAGUUAUUCGAAGAGUGCCAGAGGCAGUAUACAGAGAAAGAAUCUAGGGCCAAAGAGAUGGAAGAGCAGCGUGAAAUGACAUGGAAGAGACUGGCCGAUGUGGCAGCACAGAGAGGGGGAGAGGAUAUGGUAACUGUUUAACUGACUUCUCAGGGUUGUAUGGUUCACCAUAGAAAAUGUGACGGGGGCGGGAGACAAUGCCAAGGAAAAAUGCUCCUCCUCAUUUUGGUGCUAUUCUUUUGCAAUAUAUAUAAAUUUUUUUUUCUUUUUUCCUGUUACCUUUUUGUUUUCUUUUAUUUUUUUGAUCUCAAUCCAAUCCCUAAAGAUAUCAAUCAGAGAUAGCAGCCAUAAAUGUAAUUUAUAAUGUAUUGAAUUGGUUAGUAAUAUGCUGCAGAAUGAUUUGUGGA